AUGACUUGGAGUAAACUAAAUGGUGAUGAUGGUUUUUGUGUACCAUUGAGUCGGAUCCAACGUAUUAUAUUCAACAAUUCCUUGGUCAACAAGAAUUCUAAAUCAAACUCUCUCAAGCUACCAUCUCAUGUGACCUAUACAAUUCGGACCAGUGUCUUAUAUAGCAUGAGAACAGAUAUGGUAAAAAACCCUUUUUGGAAGUUCCAUCCACAAAGCCUACCAGCAGACGGGUUCAAAUACAACUAUAUCUUUGUCCCUUUGCAAGACAUGGUAGAGAGGGCCAUCAUCUCGAUCCAGACAGGACAAGACCCUCUGGAGCCCACCACAGAGACACAAGCGAUCCCAUACCCCUGCUAUACUAGUGACCUAUUCUUGAACAAUGUUGGCUUCUUUUUUCCACUAAUAAUGAUGUUGACCUGGAUGGUGUCUGUGGCCAGUAUGGUUCGAAAGCUGGUUUAUGAGCGAGAGCUACAGAUUGAAGAGUACUUGAGGAUGAUGGGCGUGCAUCCAACAACCCACUUUAUGGCGUGGUUCCUAGAGAACAUCAUCAUGUUGACCCUGAGCAGUGCUGUCCUGGCAAUUAUUCUGAAAACAAGUGGAAUCUUCAUGCACAGCAAUGCUCUCAUUAUUUUUCUCUUUCUCCUGGAUUUUGCUGUGUCAGUCAUUAUGUUGAGCUACUUCCUGAGUGCAUUUUUCAACCAAGCAAACACAGCUGCCCUUUGUACUAGCCUGAUGUACAUGAUUAGCUUUCUACCCUACAUUGUAUUGCUGGUCCUUAACAAGCAACUAAGUUUUGCUAUUCAGACAUUUCUGUGUUUCCUAUCAACAACUGCUUUUGGACAAGGAGUCUUUUUCAUUACAUACCUAGAAGGACAGGAAGCAGGCAUUCAGUGGAAUAAUAUGUACCAGCCUCCAGAACAUGGAAGCAUGACAUUUGGCUGGGUUUGCUGGAUGAUUCUGUUUGAUUCAUGCCUUUACUUUAUCUGUGGAUGGUACUUCAGCAACUUGAUUCCUGGAACAUUUGGUUUAAAGAAAUCAUGGUAUUUUCCCUUUACCCUAUCAUAUUGGAAGAAUAUACGUGGCUUGGUGGAGAAAAAGUACUAUAUAAAUUCCAAUCUAUUAUUCUUCAAUGAGAACUUUGUCAGUAAAGGGUCAUCUCUGCAGCACCAAGAAGGAAACCUUGAAGAAGGCCACCUUGGAGUCACUCUACUUUCUGUGACCAAGGAAUAUGAACCCAACAAAGUGGCCAUUAAAGACCUCACUGUCACCUUCCACAGCAACCAAAUCACUGCCCUGCUGGGGACAAAUGGUGCAGGAAAGACGACAAUCAUAUCCAUGUUGACGGGACUCUAUCCUCCUACUUCUGGAACCAUCAUUAUAAAUGGCAAGAAUCUACAGACAGACCUUGCCUUAAUCAGAAUGGAGUUGGGUGUGUGUCCUCAGCAUAAUGUCCUGUUUGACAAUCUCACUGUUCUGGAGCACUUACUGCUCUUUGCUUCCAUAAAAGCACCACAGUGGACCAAGAAGGAGUUAUAUCAUCAAGUUAACAAAACACUUCAAGCUGUAGAGUUAACCAAGCACCAGCACAAACAGAUCCAUGCUCUCUCUGGAGGUAUGAAGAGGAAACUGUCCAUUGGCAUUGCUUUCAUUGGAAUGUCUCAGACUGUGGUUCUAGAUGAACCCACUAGCGGUGUAGACCCUUGUUCUCGUCGUAGUAUCUGGAAUAUUCUCCUCAGAUACCGAGAAGGACACACUAUCAUCUUCACAACACACCAUCUGGAUGAAGCAGAAGUGCUGAGUGACCGAAUUGCUAUCCUACAGGGAGGGCAGCUUAGGUGUUGCGUCCCUGCCUUCUGCCUGAAGGAAGAUUGCAGCCAAGGUCUCAGCCUGGUGCUCGCACGACAGCCUUCUGUUCUGGAAAACCAUGAUCCACAGGACAUAACUCACAUUACGUCUUUGAUACAGACCUAUGUGCCCCAAGCUGUUCUCAAAACAAGCAGUAGGAGUGAGCUCGCAUAUGCUCUUCCAAAGGACGUGGACAAGACUGGAUUUAAAGGGCUCUUCGAGGCUCUGGACAGGAACCUGCAUCAUCUUUGUCUGACAGGCUAUGGAAUCUCAGACACCACAUUAGAAGAGGUAUUUUUGAUGCUUUUACAAGAUUCCAAAAAGAAGACUUCAGGGAUUAUGUUGGAACCACAGUAUCACAGGACGCUGGGACAGCUGUCUGGUGACAAUGACUCUCCCACCAGUGUUCAGCCUGAAAAGGGUGGCAAACUGCUCGCCUCACAGAUGGCUGCUGUCUUAAGAAAGAGGCUCCUCCACACGCUCCGGGACUGGAAAGGCAUGCUCUCAGACCUGUUGUUGCCUGUUCUCUUUGUGGCCUUGGCCAUGGCCUUAUUCAUGGUGAGACCUUUGGCUAUCAGCUACCCUCCCCUCAAACUGACACCUGGACAUUAUGAGAGGGCAGAAACGUAUUUUUUCAGUAGCACUAAGCAUGAUGACCUGGCACUGGCCCACACACUUUUAAGGAAGUUUGAAGAGCAGGAUGUGAUUUGUGCCAAGUUAAACCCAGACCUGAAGAAUUAUUCAUGCUGGCACACUGAUUCUUUUUCUUACCCACAAUUCCAAGAUUCAUGUGGCUGUCAGAAGUGUCUGAAUGGAAGUUCUGGAGCUCCAUACCUGAAAAACAGCCUGGGUCACACUCUACUGAAUCUUUCUGCCCUCAAUGUGGAAGAGUAUUUGCUGUUGCCCUUUGAAAACCCCAGACUUGGAGGAUGGUCUUUUGGAAUGCAAAUGCCUGAUGAAGUUGAAAAUGCAAAUCCAAAUAUCUCAAAAUCAAAAACUCUAGCAAAGGUGUGGUAUAAUCAGAAGGGUUUUCAUUCUCUACCUUCCUACUUAAAUCAUCUAAACAACUUUAUUUUGUGGAGACACUUACCACUUACUGUGGACUGGAGAAAAUAUGGCAUAACACUCUUUAGUCACCCAUAUGGAGGAGCCUUGCUUAAUGAAGACAAGAUCCUGGAGAAUAUCCGCCAAUGUGGCGUUGCCCUCUGCAUUCUACUGGGAUUUUCCAUCUUGACUGCAUCAAUCGGAAGCUCUGUGGUGAAAGACAGGGUUAGCGGGGCCAAACGAUUGCAGCACUUAAGUGGCCUUGGAUACAGGAUGUACUGGUUCAGUAACUUCCUAUAUGACAUGAUCUUUUAUUUGGUUUCCCUGAGCCUGUGUUUUGCUGUUAUUGUUGCCUUCCAGUUAUCAGCCUUUACUUUCCGGGAGAACUUGGCAGCCACAGCCCUCCUGCUGGUGCUUUUUGGUUAUGCAACCCUACCUUUGAUGUACCUGAUGUCCAGAAUCUUCUCAAGUUCAGAUGUAGCAUUCAUCUCCUACAUCUCUUUAAACUUCAUUUGUGGGCUUUGCACCAUGCUAAUGACCAUCAUGCCUCGACUAUUGGCUAUUAUCUCCAAAGCUGAGAAUUUACAGAACAUUUAUGAUGUCCUCAAAUGGGUUUUUACAAUCUUUCCUCAAUUCUGCCUGGGACAAGGACUGAUAGAGCUUUGUUAUAAUCAGAUAAAAUAUGACCUGACCCACAAGUUUGGUAUUGAUUCCUACAUAAGUCCCUUUGAGAUGAACUUCCUAGGCUGGAUCUAUGUGGAGUUGGCCUUGCAUGGCACGAUUCUCCUCCUACUGAGGCUUCUGUUGCAUUGGGACUUUCUGCAACAGUUGAGAAGUCACUCUUCCCUCAAAAACAUGGUUGAAACUUCUGCGAAUAUAGAUGUUGAGAAAGAGCAAAGGAGAGUGUUUGAAGGAAGAACCAGUGGAGACAUUCUUGUGUUAUACAACCUUAGCAAAAUUUAUCAACACUUUUUCAGAAGGACCACUGCUGUGCAGAAUAUUAGUUUGGGUAUCUCAAAAGGAGAGUGCUUUGGGCUUCUAGGAGUAAAUGGAGCUGGGAAGAGCACCACAUUCAAAAUGCUGACUGGUGACAUUGUUCCAACCUCAGGAAAUGCUGUCAUCAGGAAUCAUCAAGGAGAUGAAGUUUCCCUCUCCUUGGCAAACACAGCAGGUGUUCUCAUUGGCUACUGUCCACAGCAAGAUGCCCUUGAUGAUCUCUUGACUGGUUGGGAACAUCUUCAUUACUACUGCAGCCUGCAUGGGAUUCCAAAACAGCACAUUUCUGAGGUUGCAAAGGACCUUGUAAGGCGCUUGCACCUGGAAGGUCAUGCGGACCAACCUGUUGGUACCUAUAGUGGAGGAACCAAGAGGAAACUUUCUACAGCCUUGGCUUUAGUGGGCAAACCUGAAAUUCUUUUAUUGGAUGAACCAAGCUCUGGGAUGGAUCCCUGCUCUAAGAGGUACCUGUGGGAAACAAUACUGAAAGAGGUCCAAGAAGGAUGUGCUGCGGUGCUGACAUCCCACAGCAUGGAGGAAUGUGAAGCCCUGUGCACAAGACUGGCUAUCAUGGUCAAUGGCAGCUUCAAGUGUCUUGGUUCUCCUCAGCACAUUAAAAAUAGAUAUGGUGAUGGUUAUACAGUCAAGAUUUGGCCUUGUAUAAGAGAAGAUAAACAUCACACUAUUUCUGACUCCCUGAAGCUCCAUUUCCCAGGAAUCCAGUUUAAGGGACAACACUUUAAUUUAUUGGAAUAUCAUGUACCAAAACGAUGGGGUUGCUUAGCUGAUUUGUUCAAAGUUCUAGAGAACAAUAAGAACUUCUUGAAUAUCAAACACUACUCCAUUAACCAAACCACUUUGGAACAGGUAUUUAUUAAUCUUGCAACUGAGCAGCAACAAACUUCACAAUCUACUGACUCUUACCGUCCUCUGCAGUUUACUAUCUAA